UAUCCGACGUCACUGUAGGUAGGAUAUGAUUGGUUUACAGCCGUCGAGGUCUGAUUGGAUUGGCCAAGCCGGGCGUUACGCUCCUCCCACCCCGCGCCGAACAGCAGCGCAUUGCCGCCUCCUCUUGUAUUGGAACGUCUGUGUUUUGGCUGUCGGCGCGUUAUGGCUGUGUUUUUAAUGUCUGUGCUGUUUUUUGGUGAGGUGGUUUAGGUUAAUCAGAAUAUCCCGUAGUUUUCUGCAGAGCGCCGCCUGCAAAUGUGCGCUGCGGAAGAGCCUUUCCAGCAGGACGGGACAGCUCGGCACCACACCGGCAGCCAUAUUUGAAAACGGACAACAUUCCCACUGGUACGCGGUCGCGGUUGUGUAGUCUUUAUUUAUGUCGUUUCUGGAAGGUUUUCGAAGGACCGAGGGCGGCUUGCUGUGUAGUUUUCCCAUUUUUCUUUUUGUGUUGGUAUGGCCUCCCAGCAGGAGCGGAUAAAAGCCGAGGAGGACCACCCAUGCGCAGACGGGUUCACGGCGGUGAAGGAGGAGGCCGAGAGCGUGAACAUCAGCGGGCAGACCGACAAGGAGGCCGUUAAGGACGAGGCAGAAGCCGAGGACGUCAAAGAAGAAGAAGAAGAAGAAGGAGAAGAAGAGGAGGAGGAGGAGGAGAACUGGACGCUGGAUGUCAACGACGAAGCGAGCGCCGCCGAGAUUGGUAUGAGAGCGGAGAGCCCGUGUGAAAUCGAGGUGAAGUUAGAACCGGGCAGCGAGUCGGAGGAGAGCUUGGAGAGGGAGCCUGCUCCCCGGAGUAAAGGGCGAAAAAGACCGCAUCCCCUGCAGCAACAGCAGCCGCUACAAAAUAGAAAAGACAAAAGGCCACGUGGUGAUGAGCAGCCAGGUUUUGUCAUAUUGGAGGAUGCCUCGCAAAAUUUUGCGCCAAAACGACGGCCUGGAGUGCAUGUUGGCCGAUCCCAGUCACGGUCACCAUUUGACAUCUUUCAGUUGUUCUUCAGCGCAGAUGUUGUUGGUGCACUCGUCCAGAACACCAACCAAAAUGCAAAACGCACAAAAACAGCGCAUUCUUGGAAGGAACUCAGUGUUGAGGAGCUUUACAGAUUUCUUGGUCUUGUGCUAUACACAGGACUAGUGAAGGCACCAAGCCUUCCAUGUUACUGGAGCUCCCAGUCGCUCUUCAAAUUUGAAUUCCCUGCUUCGGUGAUGACUCAGGCUAGAUUUGAAGCGAUUGCUUCCUGUUUCCACCUCAGCGACCCUGAAGCGGCUGCCAUCAACGAGAGCAAAGCGGGCACAGCAGAAUAUGACCCUCUCCAUCAGCUCAAGCCUCUUCUGAAUGACCUCAUGACCUCAUGCAAACGAUACUUUCACCCAUUUAGAAGCCUCACCAUCACUCAGGUAGAACCCGAGGAUGACUUUGAGAAGUUUGCUUUGGAGGAGCCAAACAGUGAGAAGCACAGGCUGUUAGUCCUGGCAGACAAUUCGUGCGGCUAUGUGUGGAAUCUGUGUGUGAUGGAAAACAGCACUGCCUCAGCUUCCGCUAAAGGACUUGGCUAUGACUCAGUGAUGCAGCUGAUGGAUGUGGAACUGCUUGGUCAGGGAUACCACCUCUCUGUGGACAGUUUUCACACCAGCCUAGAGCUGUUUAAGGACUUGCACCAAUCAAAAUGCUAUGCAUGGGGGAUCAUAAGCCCAAAGGCCCUGGGCUUCCCAAGAACCAGUAUGAACAACAGUAAAGUGAGCAAUAAUGUGUCCGUUGAGUGGCUUCAGAGAGAUCACAUACUGUUUUUGAAAUAUACGGAGCCUGUUGAGAGAGCAAUUUGUAGCACCAUUCAUAGAGCUGCCCAAACAAGGGAUACACAAAGAAAAUCAAAGAACUGUAAUCUCCCUUCCAUGGACAAAGGUGAUGUCAGAACGCAGGACAAAGAGUCAGACAUGUUGAAAAGAGUAACUGCCUCCCACAGAGAUCUUCAGAAACCCUCAAAGUGGUACAUAUGCCUGUUCUACCAACUCCUGGGCAUUGCCUGUGCCAACAGCUUCAUCCUUCACAUGGAAUUAGGCCGGAAAGGAUCACAUACCCACAAGGCAUUCAUGGAACAUCUCAUUGACAUGCUGGUAAAUCAAGGCAAAUGCAGUAAAAAUUCACAGCCCACAGACGAAUCUGGGGACGAGGAUAAGAGCCUUCCGGCUGAGCAAGAGGCAAGUGAGACCAGCCCAGAUCUUCAAGAUGGGCAGGAGAAGGUCCAUGUAAUCAAGCCCCCAAGUGGUGGUUGGUACUGUAUUCCAUUGCUCAACCCUGCGGGAGGAAAAGCAUGCAUCCAUUGCUACAAGCACAAGAGAAAACUGUCUAUAACAACUUUCAUAUGCCAAGUUUGCAAUGCAACCUUGUGCCUUAGACCGGAUAGCAACUGUUUCCAUGAAUGGCAUAUUAAACAAGGCUUAGCAGAGCCUUGAGGUUCUAAGAGGACGUCUGAUAGUGUCAAAUGUUUGUAUACAGAAGAUUUUUACAGAAAAAUUACACACAUGAUUUCUGCCAGCAUGCUUUUGCUUUCCCAUUGCUUUGAACCCACAAGCAGCAUUUUUUUUUUAAUAAUUCCGGCUUGUACGCAACUAUGUCUGCACAUAAUCCCAUAAUUUUUAUUUCAAAUUUCCUGGCUAAACAUAGAGAUCGAUAGUGUAAUGUCCUCUAAAUCCAAGAUGCGACGAUAUGGUACUCUCCUGAAACACGUUCUCAAUUUCCAGUGACAAUAGAAAACUUAGAGAAGCGAAUCUGCAGUACAGCACACCCCAACUUUUACCAAGUCCAUGUUGUUUAUACAUCAUAUCUUAUUAGAAAAGUGAAAGAAAUGCAGAGACAAUAUAAGAAUAAAUAGAAGAGGGUUUGGAACAGUGCUAAAGUUCUCACUGGUGCAUAAACAAGAUGACCGUUUCAAAAAAAAAAGAAAAGCCGACCGUAAUAGCCUGUAAACUUGAGCAGCAUUAAGGUGCAAGAAAGGCUGAUGGGCCAGGCUGUUAUUUAGAAAUUGAUUUAAAGCUGCGCUGUGCAAGGAUGCAGGAUUUCUCAGUGUAGCCAGAUAACUUGAGCUCAAAGUCAAGCCUGUCCAAUAGGAAUACAGCUGAGGGAGAUUCCUAUUAGAUGAUCCUCCUCUUUGGGUUUAAGUAAUCUGGCUAACUGGGAAAUCCUGCUUUGUGAAAUACCCCAGUCAGGAGUCGCAUUGUUUACAACAAAUAUGCAUCAUUAUUUUCCAGAAUGUGAACGAGUGAACCUGUGGUUUUUGUACGCGAUGCUGAUGAUGGUAAAUGUUUUCUGGGUACUAUUUAGCCACUCCUUGCCUGUAACUCUCCGCCGAAAAUGUAAUUAAAUACAUGUUUUAGCUGGAAAGCAUCAUUUUCAGGCAUCAUGCAUCGUAUUUGUAUGCAAUACCUGGCAUUAAAUACUUGAGAUGCUUGAUUCAUAUCAGCUGUGUACAAUUACGAAUGAGUUAUGCUCUAAAAUGGCAUCUUUCACGUCAAACUACUCUUAAUUACAUUCUUUACAUCUCACCAAUUCAAUUAUGCAGUUUUGAAAGACGGGUGGAGGUCCUCUUUAUGUAGCACAGUCAGUCUACAGUGCUGUAACACUGCGUUAUCCUUUCUCUACUGUACCACCAGUUUUACUUCUUUUAAAAUAAACCAAAUAAAAUCUUAAA